CGUAAGGAGUGCGUAAAAUGCCUCUCGCGGUGUGCGUGUACGUAUAGAGCACCGUCUCGAUUGUUGUUGCCAUCGCCAUUGGCGUUGACUGCCGACGUUACAUAUGGAAAUUACUCUCGUACAAAUGUUGCUAGGACUAAUUUGGCUGUACGUGCAAUGUUACAUUAACAUUCGUGCCGAGAUCAGAGCUGCACAAUAGCUUCAGUCUGUUCUCUUCAUCACGGGCGCACGGUGUCAAUAUUCCGAAAACGGUUCACUCGAUUCUUUCGAAAUUUUGAAAAUUUCUUCUAUUCCAUCUCGGUUCGAAUGUCUUUCCUUCGAUUCGACUAAAUGGAAAUGUAAAAUCGUAAAAGAAUCAAGAGCACGGUCAUUGUGAGUGUCUUAAGGAUAGAUAGAUUCGAUUUCGUUUGUGAUACGCGAGUGAUUCGCAAGUGUGAUUCAUAACUGCGCGAUGUGUUACGAUGAAAUAGAAUAGGUAGAAUAAUCAGAUUGAGAAGAAGGGGUCGACUUGCUUUCAGACAAGAUGAGAAGCGCGAACAGUUUGGACCAAUAUAACGACGAUGACUUCUUCAGCGGUGGUCCCUGCCCUUCUUGUCGGUUAGCCAUUAACAAGGAAACUGGUCGACUCAAGUUCGUGGUGUAUGGGCGGAAACGAUACUUGGCGCUUCCGAGUGAAAUUAAUGCUUCUGAUUCCCGCCGUGUUAUUGCCGAUCACUAUAAUUUUCAUCGCCCUCUCGAGGUCACAGGUGAUUGGCAAAACUCCUUAUCAUCGUACGCAUUUGGUUCACGCGACUAAAAGACAGGACGAGAGAACCGAGGAGACUUUUCCGCAAAUUGUUAGCAGCGACCAGCCGCAGCGAGAUAGAGCGGGUAGAAGAAGAGGAAGAAGAUAGAAUCCUUAUACCUGAAAUGAAAACUUACUACGCGCCGAUGGAAUCUCUACUUUCGCCACGACAGCUUCAACGACGCAAGAGAGACCUGGAUGGGGAUCAAGCGAUAGAAGUAGACUACAACACUGAAAAGUCAGAUGAUCAAAAUUCCGAUGAAAAUUUGAACAAUUUCUUGGAUGAUUACUACUCUGAGAUGGAUGCCGAUGAGAUUAAAGGAAAAUCUGAUAUACAAACUAACGAUUAUCGAGAAUAUGGCGAGUACACCCAUGACUCUCAUAAAAAUGAAGAACUACGUUCCAAAUUCUUCAAAUAUGAUAAUAUUGAAGAACGUUCUCAAGACGAGUCGGACGAGGGCGAACAAGGUGGAAGACGUCAAAUUUCCAUCGAUGACUCGGACUCUAGUUUGCCAAUUGAUGAUUAUCAACAGGAAGACGAUACUCAUACAGAUUUCCAUGCGUUUUGGAAAGGCGAAGGAAACGAGUGGGCCAUCAGAGAGGCUCAAGCAAAAAUCAUGCUCAAGUACAUGGACAAGAGUACUGAUCCUUGCGAAGAUUUCUAUCAGUUUGCCUGUGGCAAUUGGGCGAGACACAAUCCUAUCCCUAAAGACAAAGCUGCCUAUGAUACGUUCGAAAUGAUUAGAGAAUCAUUAGAUUCUGUGUUGAAAGAGCUUCUUGAAGAACCUAUAUUGAAAGAAGUUAUGUUGAAUACGGAUGAUGCUAUAGUCAAGGCUAAACAUUUGUUUCAAAGUUGUAUGAAUUACGAGAUCUUGGAGCAACGCAUGGAACGGCCGCUUAUACAACUUUUAGAUGAACUCGGUGGAUGGCCUAUAUUGAGACCUAACUGGGAUCCAGAAAAAUUCGAUUGGCUUCUUUUGGUUGCACAAUUGAGGCUUUAUAAUAACGAUAUUCUUAUUUCGGAAUGGGUUGCACCAGAUAUUAAGAACAGCGAUCAAUAUGUUAUACAGUUCGAUCAGACAUCAUUGGGUUUACCUACAAGAGAUUAUUUUCUCCAACCAUCGAAUAUGAUUUAUCUGAAAGCUUACAAAAAUUAUUUAAUAAAAAUUUCUACUCUUCUGGGCGCAUCUUUGCAGAAUGCUACUAUGGAUGCUGACGAAUUAAUAGAAUUUGAAACGAAACUUGCCAAAAUCACAUCAUCUCCUGAUGAAAGAAGAAAUCUUUCAGAAUUAUAUCAAAGAAUGAGUAUUGGAGAACUGAGAACUCUGAUACCUCAAAUUAAUUGGCAUCGAUAUUUAACCAUCGUUUUAGCUCGACCAACUAAUAUUUCUGAACCUGUUGUUGUUUAUGCGAUGCAAUAUAUCCAAGACUUGGUAAAUCUUCUUUCAAAAACUAGUCCGCGAACUAUCGCAAACUAUCUUCUUUGGCGAUUCGUUAGGCAUAGGGUAAAUAAUCUAGAUGAUCGAUUUCAAGAGGCUAAGCAAAAAUUUUAUUAUAUUCUUUUUGGAAGAGAACAAGCACCCCCCAGAUGGAAAAAUUGUGUAGCACAAGUGAAUUCUAAUAUGGGCAUGGCUGUAGGAUCAAUGUUCGUGAAGAAAUAUUUCGACGAAAAAAGCAAAAACGAUACAUUGUCUAUGACUCGAGAGAUACAACAAUCAUUUAAAGAGCUUUUGAAUCAAACUUCCUGGAUCGAUGACGAAACGAAAGAAUUGGCCACCGAGAAAGUGAACGCAAUGCUGUUAAGAAUCGGCUAUCCUGAUUUCAUUUUACAACCUGAAUUGUUGAAUGAACGUUAUAAGGAUAUCGUGAUCCGUCCAGAUAAGUAUUUCGAGAAUACAUUAAAUAUUUUACAACAUUUGACCAGAGUGGAACAAGAUCGGCUUGGCAGCCCUGUUAACAAGACCCUCUGGAAUACCGCACCAGCAGUGGUCAAUGCUUAUUACAGUCGUAGCAAGAAUAGGAUAAUGUUUCCAGCUGGCAUACUACAACCGCCCUUUUAUCACAGAUAUUUUCCACGGUGUUUAAAUUACGGUGGAAUAGGAGUUGUAAUUGGCCAUGAAAUUACGCAUGGCUUCGAUGAUAAAGGUCGAUUAUUCGAUAAGGAUGGUAAUCUACACAGAUGGUGGAAAGAUGAAGCUAUUUACGGAUUUCAUCAACGUGCCCAAUGUCUUAUCGACCAGUAUAGUCAUUAUAUUGUGCCCGAAGUUGGAAUGAAAAUUGAUGGAAUGAAUACGCAGGGAGAGAAUAUCGCGGACAAUGGUGGCAUUAAACAAGCUUUUCGAGCUUACGAAAGAUGGUUACGCUUAAACGAGGAUGCUGACGAAACUCUGCCUGGUUUGAACGCGACCGGAAAGCAAUUGUUCUUUCUCAAUUUCGCUCAAGUAUGGUGUGGCUCGAUGAGACCGGAAGCUACUAGGAAUAAAUUAAAAACCGCGGUGCAUUCACCUGGCAAAUUUCGCGUGAUCGGUACUUUGUCAAAUUCGAAGGAUUUCGCGGAAGUAUUUCAUUGUCCUCUAGGCGCACCCAUGAACCCAAUUAAGAAAUGUUCCGUUUGGUGAUGAACAAUGUGCUUGCUAUUCUGCUAGUUUCAUCGUCAUAUCGAUCGUUAGUCGAUUUAAAUUAAUCCGAGCAACAUGAUUAAGAAAAAAAGAAAA